AGAAAAUAAAGUAAAACGAAAGUCUGUAAAACCCUUCUUUUCCGAUUUGAAUCAAUCAAACCAAAGGAAAAGGGGAGACGGAGAAGAUGGCGUCGUCUUCGAGCAGCGGGCUUACCUUCAAACUCCACCCUCUCGUCAUUGUCAACAUCUCGGAUCACUUCACUCGAGUCAAGUCCCAAUCUCAUCCGCGCCGCGUAGUCGGUUGCGUCAUCGGCGUCCAGCGCGGCCGCACCGUCGAGAUCUUCAACAGUUUCGAGCUCCUCUACGACGACUCCACCCACUCGCUCGACCGCGCUUUUCUCGAGAAAAAGCAAGAGCUCUAUAAGAAGGUUUUUCCUCAGUUCUAUAUACUUGGAUGGUAUUCAACGGGGAGUGAUGCUCACGAAACCGAUAUGAUUAUUCACAAAUCUUUAAUGGAUAUCAAUGAGAAUCCAGUUUAUGUUCUUCUAAAUCCUGCAAUCAAUCCUGCCCAGAAGGAUCUGCCGGUUACUAUCUAUGAAAGUGAGUUGCAUGUAAUUGAUGGCAACCCCCAGCUUAUUUUUGUUCAAUCAAGCUACACCAUUGAGACAGUGGAAGCAGAAAGAAUAUCUGUUGAUCAUGUUGCCCACCUUAAACCAUCUGACGGGGGUUCUGCUGCAACUCAGUUGGCUGCUCAUCUUACUGGUAUACAUAGUGCCAUCAAAAUGCUAAAUAGUAGAGUCAGAGUGCUUCAUCACUAUCUUCUAGCCAUGCAGAAAGGUGAGAUUCCCUUGGAGAAUUCAUUGCUGAGGCAAGUUUCUAGUCUCUUGAGAAGGUUGCCAGCUAUUGAAUCUGAAAAAUUUCAAGAUGACUUCUUGAUGGAAUACAACGACACAUUAUUGAUCACAUAUCUUGCCAUGUUUACCAAUUGCUCAAGUACAAUGAAUGAAUUGGUGGACAAAUUCAACACUGCUUACGACAGGCAUAGCCGAAGGGGUGGCCGGACUGGUUUUAUCUAAACGUUUAUUUUUUUUCGUUGCCCUUGUUAUUUAUUAAUUUGACCUCUGAAGAAUGCAGACUACAUUAUCUAGGAAUCUAUCGCAAAUAUAAAUGAACCCAGAGGUGAUGAACAUUUGAAUAGUUUGUCUGUGUUCAUGCAUUUUUGUUUUCCAGACAUACAUAUGUAGUUUGCCAUUUUCA